AAAAAUUCAUCCGAGAAAUUGCACAUUUCCAAGGCUAGUGUUCGGAAUUUUUUCGUUUAAAAUUAUUUUAUGAUGCGAACUCGUAACUAUAACUUAUAGUAUAACUUAUAGUAAAAAAUCAGCGCUGUCAGCCGGAGGAGCCCGAGCGAGAAGUGGUUCAUUCAUUUCAUUUCCUCAGCUGCUCUCGACCCGUCCAUCUCUCUCUGCUCAAAAAACACAUUUAAUCAAAGAAGUCCACCUUUUGUAACAAUUAAAUAAUUAAUUACACAUUGCUCAUUAAUUAGUUGAGUCAAGUCCGUAUUCUUCUUGGCUCCGGUAAGGAAAAUACUCUCGAUAUCUUGGAAAAUAACAAGAAUACGUUUGUAUUUAUUAAACUGGGACAAUUCGCAGCGGUUUAAAAUUUUACUAUUGGAGUCUUUCAUUAAAAAUUUAAGUUUAAUUUUGUCUUUUUACUUAAAUAUAGGUGGUCGAGAUGAGUUACAACGGGGUGUGGUGGAGGUGCGAAAUUUGCGAGGCUUAUCUCCCCAACGAGCCAGCAGUUACGUUGCACUUUUUGGAGAAACAUGACGAAAACAUUCUUCUCCGUGAUGAUGUCAGAUUAGAACCGCUGCGAAUCGUUCUUCCCACAGAGUCAGAAUUUUGGAGUGCAGUACAACUUUCGAUGGAUGACGUCGCCCUGAAUGAAGAGGACAUUUGUGAAGGGGAUGAAGAGGUCGAUGACGAAGGAGACGGCUAUAGUGACGAAGGACGCGAUGAUAAGGUUGGCGAAUUUCACGACCGCGAUGAUGCUAACUGGACCCCACGUGGCCAAAGGAAGAGGAGGAUUACUCAUCAUGAAAGUGAAGAAGAUGACGACAAUGAACAAGAUGGCGACGGAGAUGAAGAUGACGAUAAAAGUGACGAAGACGAAUCCCAUAGUGUGGAUGCAUCUGGAAAAUUGGUGGUGCCUCCUCCAACCUCGGUAGUUCACCCCUGUUACAGCUGUGCAGCCACGUUUGACACCACAGAGAAACUGAACACCCAUCGGAAAAAGCACAUUGGUGAGAAACCCUUCGCUUGCGACACUUGCGACAAAAAAUUCGCCUUCUACACACUUUGCGAAAUGCAUAAACUCCAACACACCCCAGAGUGGCCAGAACUUCGGAAGGAUACCAAAAAACUAGCCGAAUUGAAGAGACAGUUCAUCUUAAAUAGGCGAAAUUGGCGGAUGCGACUUUAUCAGCCUCCAGUCCGGAAGCAGUGUCCCCAGUGUCCAAGAUCGUUUAAAUGGGCAGCCGGACUUGAACGACAUUUACGUUGGCAUAGGAAUGAGCGUUCCUUCAUUUGCACCACCUGCGGCUCCGCGUACCGCUUCUACGACACCUUAAGAACCCACCUUCGCUCCGGCAAGUGCGCCAAAGUCAUCCUCACCUCGUUCUCGCGCGCCUUCCAGUGCGAGGUCUGUCCCGCCCGGCUCAAGUCGGAAAAAGGUCUGCGAACCCAUAAGAAAAAUCUACACGGGCUCCCUCACAAACCCCGCGUCAAGCAAAGGUUGACCUGUCCCCAGUGCAGCUACGUAACGACAUCGGCCUUAACUCUGCAAAACCAUUUAAAUUCACACUCCGGCCUGCGACCAUUUCUCUGCCCGACAGAAUGCGGCGCCGCCUUCACGAUGAGGACGAAUAUGCUCGCCCAUGUCCGGAAGAACUGCCGGGUCGCGAAAAAAACAGGGCUUGCCGAGGAAUACGAGGAGCAAAGGAAGGGAUACGCCAGUAAGCGGAGAGGCAUAUGGGGCAAGGUCCCUGGCGGUGUUAGUUGUCCCGAGUGCGACAAGAUUUGUCCAAGCGUGGGCAAGCUGAAGGUUCAUAGACGCACGCAUGACAUAGGGAAGCUAAAAUGUGAGAUCUGUGGGGUAAGAUAUCAACACAGAGCGACGUUGGGGGUGCAUCGGAAGACGGCUCAUCCGGAAGUGCUCGUCCAUCCGUGUAAUCAGUGUGAGGGAUGGUUUGAAGAUGUAGAGAGGUUGAAGAUUCAUGCGAGGAUCGUGCACCGGAAAGGGGUUGGAGGGGAGCACGUGACACCGUCGACAGUGGUGAUUCACGAGGUGGAGUUGGAGGAAGAAUGGAAGGAUGGGUUUGAUAAGGGGGUUGAUCCGUUGGGUGGGUGUGCCUGAUUUUGUAGUUUUUACCUGAAGAAGACCGCAUAGCGAGAGCUUGACCCCGUUAAAUAAAUUAAGUCGAGCUUUUUCCAGGGUAAUCAAUUGGUAAUAAUUAAUAAUUAAUAGGUUUAAAUCGAUGCAAAUACUUACAUAUGUAUGGGUCCAUUAAAUAAGUGCAUUAUUUACUAUAUUUACAGAAUAAUAAUAUUUUGUACCCCGUGAGAUUUAUGAGAUGAAGUAAAUCAAUAAAAUUAAAUAUAUAUACUUA